UUAACACUUGGACGGCUUCAAGGUUGCCGAGUGACUCACUCUUCCAUCCGUGUCUCCACCCGAUCAUUAUCUACUCAAGUUCAGCAGCAUAUAGACCCAUCAUUGCAACCUACUUGGCAUCAUACAUUAUCUACCAUGUCUUUCAAAGACAGGUCUACAUUUACAUCUCGCGAUACCAUCACGUAUCUAUGGCAGGGUCUCCAUCUUCCCCAAGACACCCUUGACUCUCUCUGUAUCAGCGAACCUCCCAAUCCCGGCUUUCCCUCCUCCUUCAAAAUCGGCCAUAUCGCCCAAGCCUCAAUUGCACUCUCUGCUCUCCUAGCAUCGCAGAUACAUAGCCUCAGGAAUAACAUCACUCCUCCCAAAGUCACUGUCCCCUAUGAUCAUGCCUGCAUCGAGUUCAACUCCGCACGCCUGUACACUCUGAACGGCCAGCCUCCCUCUUCAGAUUGGGGGCUCAUUGGCGGUCUUUAUCGAUCAUCUGACGGCUACGUCCGCGUUCAUGAUUCGUUCCCCAACCAUCGCGAGGGAACAAAAUCCCUUCUUGGCUGCUCUCCAACUGCAACCAGAGACGAUGUUGCUUCCAAGAUCUCGGCAUGGCGCUCCGUGGACCUCGAAACCACUGCCGUUGAUGCCAAGCUGGCUAUUACUGCUCUCCGCAGUUACGAACAAUGGGAUGUGUUGCCGCAAGCCAAAGCCAUCGCAGACUUUCCCAUCCUGCUUCGCAAAAUCGGCGACGCCCCGCCUGGUCUGCCCGCCCGGAUCGGCCCACAUGCCGAUAAAUGUCUGCGGGGGCUCCGUGUUCUUGAACUCUCGCGGGUUAUUGCGGCCCCGUUAUGUGGGAAGACACUGGCCGCACACGGGGCCGAUGUGCUUUGGGUGACGAGUCCUCAUCUACCAGACCUGCCAGGACUCGAUCGGGAAUUUGGUCGUGGAAAGAGAACCGUCCAAUUCGAUCUGCAAGACGAGCAAGACACAGAAGAGUUCUUCGCUUUGCUCGACGAUACAGAUGUCUUCAUCCAGGGAUAUAGACCAGGCAGUCUAGCUGCCCGUGGACUCUCGCCAGAGUCGAUCAUGAACAGACGUCCCAAUCGUGGUAUUAUCUACGCCAACAUGUCUGCCUACGGCCCCGAUGGCCCCUGGUCAGCGCGUCGAGGCUUCGACUCCUUGGUUCAAACCUGCUCCGGCAUGAACGUUUCGGAGGCUGAGCACUUCGGUGCUGGGGAAGCCGCACGUCCACUUCCCUGUCAGGCGCUCGAUCAUGCCGGGGGCUUCUUCCUCGCGUCCGGGAUCAUGGCCGCGCUGUACAAGCAAGCAACGGAAGGGGGAUCCUGGCAGGUGGAUGUCUCGCUAGCAGGGGUGAUGAAAUACCUGCGCUCGUUAGGCCAAUACGAAGGGAAGACGGGGUUUCAAGAAUCACCAGAUUAUGCUCGCCCCCAAAAUGUUCCGACCGAGUAUUUCGAGACCCGGAGCACGGGGUUUGGGGAAAUGACCGCCAUUCGUCACGCUGCGAACAUUGAAGGGGUUGAGAUCGGCUGCGAAGUUAUGCCCAAACCACUCGGCUCUGACGAAAAGCGGUGGCUGGAGCCAUUGCAAUAA